CAGGUGAAAUGCAAAGGGAACAGUGCCAGGAUAAAAGCACCUGUAGAUGCUGGAAAACUUUAAAGGAAACUCCCUGCUCGGUAAUGAAAAUAAAGCGUUUGGCCAUUAUUUCACCGCGAAUUAAGUGCAGUGGGUUGACGUUGCCGGCGGCGGUGGCGGUGGCUAAUUGAAAAGCGCCAACUGCAGCCACCGUGGGUUAACUUAACCCCUUUCAUCCCCCGAUGCGAACACAUUCACUCUGAUUACCUGGCAGCUCACGGGUAUUUAUGGACCGCCUUUCUUUUGUGGUUAGUUGCUGCACAAGCUCAUUAAGAUUGCUAAUUUCCCCUCGGGAUAAUCGAAAAACCUGAGAUAUUACUGCAUACCGUCUAGUUUUAAUAUUUGUUUGGGUUUUUUAUUAGGAAUAUAUUCGGUAAUUAGAAAUCUAGCUGUGUCUGUUAAUUAUAGUUUAACACUUAAUUACAAAAUUAAUACUUAAAGUUCUUUUUUUAAUUAGUAAAAAAUGUCAAUAGGUAUUUCCUAUGUUUAAAAAUAUCAAAAGUUCCUGUCAAUCUGAAACACACGAUUUAAAUUUGGUUACUAAAUUCUGGUAAUAGUAUUCAGUAGUACAAACAAAUGUUUGUUUAAUCAGGCAUUCAUUGAAAAAUCAUAUAUCUAGAGCCUGCUAUUGCAUUUUUGAAUUUGCAUAAUAGCUGCAUGUAAUCGCACUUGAAUUUAUCAAGCGGAAAUAAUGCCCAGCUCGAGAGCUUGACCAUAACACAUUAAGUGGGUUAAGUGCUGAGUGCGAAAAUUGAAAAACUUUAAGUGUUUGUCCGGAAAAUUGAUUAAAAAAAAGGAGGGGGACUCAAAACUCAUUAACGCAAUGCGUUCCACUAGCAAAACCAUAUUCAAUGAUUACUUAAUAAAUGCUUUGGUAUGAGAAAGAGAGAUAAGUUCAUAAAAAAAGGUUAAUCAAAUCUAGUGGCUUUACACCAAUUUAAGCUAAUAUUUUAGCAGGUAAUAUCAACAUUUUUUUUUUAAUGUCUAUAAGUAUGUAAAUUUACCCGAGUUAGUGAUAUAUUUUUCUUUGCUGUGUGACUCGGCUUUAAUAACACCCACACCCAUCCAAUGCCAUUUGAUUGCGGUCGCUGCGCAAAUUAUCGCGAUAAAAGUGCAGUGAAGAGCUGCACAGUCCUCAUUCUCAUUCACAUUCUCCAUUGCCAACCAAACCCUUGAGCGGUUCGCAUCCGCGGGAAGAUCUUAAAAAUAAUGUCUCAGCGGCGUCGGAAAUAUAUCUCCCCCUCCCUGGCAGCCCAACUGGAGGCGGAGGCCAUCAAGGACAACCGCCAGCUGCUGGAGUUCCGGGUGCGGAGCAGGGACAUCGACUGGCGGCAGUAUGUCCAGCCGCUGGACACCGCAGUCCGGUCCGGAGCGGUCUACUUGGACCGGCAGGUGGACUUCGUGGGCAGCCAGCGGCGACCGGUGACCGAGGCAAAUCGCAGGGAGCUGCUCGUCUGCCACGACAUGAUGGGCAAUUACUUGGAGGAUCGGCACUUUCACAGCUCGCAAAAGUACGACGACUAUCGAUUCGUGCACUGGUCGGCCGUGGAUUACUUCUGCUACUUCAGCCACGAGUACGUGACCAUUCCGCCCAGCGGCUGGCUGAAUGCCGCCCAUCGUCACGGAGUUCCCGUGGUGGGCACGUUCAUCGUGGAGGCGGCAGGACUCCUGGAGGAGGUCCUGGCCAGCGAGGAGAGUGUGAACAGGACGGUGGAAGCCCUAACCCGUCUGUGCGAGCACUUUGGCUUCGAGGGAUGGCUGGUCAACGUGGAGGUGACUGUGGCCCAGCGCAAUAUGCCCAAUCUUUAUCGCUUUGUCCAGGAACUGACGACCGCCACGGAAUCACGUGUGUCCCAUGGACGUGUCUUUUGGUACGACAGCGUUACGGAGAGCGGCCAACUCCUGUGGCAGAACGAGCUCAACUCGCGCAAUGCGGAGUUCUUCCGGCGCAGCCAUGGCACCCUGAUAAACUAUUCCUGGAGCGAGGGCCACUUGGAGCGGAGUGCCGAGCAGGUCAGGAAGGAGCAGACGGCCCGGCAUCGCGUUUUCAUCGGAUUGGAUGUCUUCGGCAGGAAUUGCAAGGGCGGAUUCCAGAGUCAGCAGAGCAUGGAGAGCAUUGCGGACAAGGGCUUCUCCGCGGGCAUCUUUGCACCUGGCUGGUCCUUUGAGACGCUCAAUCGCUUUGGCUACAAUAUCAAGAACCCGCACGGCGAGGAGCAGGUGAACUCGGCCUUCUUGGCCAGAAACGAGUCGUGGUGGGCUCGCAUUUGGCCCACUCUGGCCACGCAUCCCUACAGUUCGCUGCCCUUCUUCACGGACUUUUGCGUGGGUUCCGGUCGUGCGAGCUACGAGCGGGGACUAAGGACCCCAGGCGAGGAUCACCCCUUCUUCAAUCUGUCGCGGCAGUCGCUGCAGCCGUCGGUGCCGCUGGACAGGAAUGCAGUGCAUCAUUUCGACGAGGCCUUCGCCGGCGGCUGUUCCCUUCUGGUUACCAACUACGAGCGGGCCUUCCGGCUCUUUGUCACUGACUUCGAGCUGACCCGCGGGGUGUUACUCCUGGGCUAUGCCUUUAAAAUCAACGGCGAUGUGUCCGCAGCCACCGACUUUGAUUUGCUUCUGCGUGUGACGCCGCUGCGCAGGAAUGAUGCGGAGCUGUACUUGUUUUGCGGGGAGUAUCGUGGCGCAAUUGUGGCCCCACAACGCUGCUACCUCUCGCCCCUCGACGACGUCCUGCCCCGCGGCCAUGCCAAGCUGCCGCAGGACACCAGAUCCCUGGGCCCGGGCUGGCAGGUGCGUUACUAUGUGGCCAAGUUCGACGGACCCGUCAGAGUCCAGGAUAUUGGGCUGAAGUGCCAGCGGCCGGCGGAGUCGAAGGCGGAGGCUCAGUUGGGCGCCGUCUAUGUGGAGAGUCUGUAUAUGGAGGAUUUGACGGACUCGCGGACGGACAUUCCAGUCUACGGCCAGAAAAUGUGGAAUGAGCAGCCGGUUUAAACCACUAGUUGGUAAUACAUAAAGUGUAUAAACUGCAUUUAAUAUUAAUUUCUUAAUAUCUCACAGUGUUCAAAAUAAAAUAAUAAUAAAUGACAACCAAUGACGCCUA